CCCCUUGCCCUGAGCCCCUUCCUGCACACCACACUUCCCCCCCGCUCUCCAACCCCCACCCCCAGCCCUACAUUCAUUGCCCUGCAUGCAAUUAAUUUCCCCACCCAGAUGUGGCCCUCUGGCCAAAAAGUUUGCCAACCCCUGCACUACAGGCUUGAAUCUCUUUGGCUAGCCUAGAUUUAUUGUGCUGUCACAUGGGCUGUGCUGCAACAGGAACAACUUCGUCAGUCUCUCUCCAUCAAGUUCCUCGCAAGUGUUCCUGUCCCUGUUGAUGGCCCAGCUCUUGACAAAGUUUCUCUGCUCAGGAUGAUACCUUCUGAUCCUAUCUACAGGUUUCCCUGAAAGCAGCAAGAAUAGUGAAUCACUGGCAGUAGGCAUAUUCAGCUUUUUUGUUUCCUUUACUGGUGGAGGAAAGAUCUCCUGCCUGUGACUUUUCUCUGGAAGUGACUGCUGUCACAUAAGUAUUGGGCAGUUCUCUGUUUCCUGCAGUUGUUUCUUUCACAUCUCAGCCUGGUCAGAUGAUCAGUCCCUUGAUGCCAGGUUUCUGAGCUCCAACCUGGCGGCUUGUCCCUCACCCCCUGACUUCCAGGUCCUGCCUUGCAUCUGGCUUCUGCCCCUGCUCUGUGUUUAGAGCCCCACCCCUUUCUGAACUGCUCUUAAAGCGGAUCAGGAGCCAGUUCUAGCCUCCCAAUCUCAGUUCUCCUUGCUGUUUCCCAGCCCUGCUCAGGAAGCAAUGGCCUCAAAGAGCAUCCAUUACAUGAGGGAAAACAAGUGAAAUGUGACCAAGUUUGUUCUUGACGCUUGCUGUGUGGUUGGGGGCAUUUCCCAGCAUAAAAGGUCCUGCUGUAAACAGGUGUUUGAGCUGAGGUUCCAAUUUAAAGAGGAAAUCCAAGAAUCCUGUGCAGGAAGUAGGGAAAUAAUCGGAGCCAACAGUUUCAGAGGCCAAGAGCAAAGGUGGAAGUGGAGCAAUGGGGAUGGAAUCUACCCCGUAUUUACAGGGCCUGGCCCAAGAGAGAAAAAUGGAGACUCUCCAAGGAUUACCUUCAUGUGUUCCAGUGAGUGGGGGCGGGCUGCCUGGGACAAACAACAUUUAUUCCUGAUAGGGUUGGACAGGGAGAAGCAGGAACCCAGUAGGCAAAAGUGUACACUGGGCUGAGAAUCAGGGUGUUGAGAAAGGAAAAUUCAGGAAAUGGCCAGUAACCAGACUUCCUGUGCUGAUUGGAGACAUAAACUGCCAACUAGAGCUACUGGCCUCUUGUGCCAUUACUGAACAAGGAGUCAGAGGGGAUACACAGGAAAGGGGCUACUGUGGAUUCAGUGAACAGCGAAAAACACCUCGGUAAGAAGCAACUCCCCAUGGGGAACAGUAUGGAAUGGGUAGUGCCCAAGGGGGUCUAUCCUGGGACUGUGGGGACAGAAACAAUAUUAAUUCAAGCCUUGCACUUUGUAUCUUCAAAGCACUUUACAAAUGGUAACUAGCCCUCACAGCCCCCGGGAGAGGGGCCAGCAUCAACCCAUCCUACAGCUGGAAAACUGAAGGUGCAGAGACAGGAAGUCUCUGUUAGCCAAGUCCGCCCAGCAAAUUAGUGUCACAUCAGGGAUAAAAACAGUUCUGCUCCAUGUCUAGAUCUUGUUGUCUUUUGGUGUAGGUGGUUCCAGCCCAUGGGUGUCACAGAAUUGCUAGAAACAGGAAUAGUGCAUUAAAAUGAGCGAGUCAGUAAUGAAACCUCUCAAACCCAAACCUGAAUGGCUUAGCUGCCUAGAACAUGUCAAUGCAGUAGCUAGCUAGGUGGUUUCCCCAAGUUAUCCACUCAGAGCUCCAGGUGGCUGUGUGUGGGGCUCUCUGCUCUGAGAGGCUACCCCACUUGCUGGUCUUCAGCCAGCAUUUUUGCAGUCACUGGAGAUUUCCUAGGAGUCCUUGCAUGUGGACAAAUCCUUUUUCUGGGAUUAGCCUUACUAAGUUUCCUAGCCCCAGCUCUGCUGGUCCACUGGUGAGGAGAGGGCCAGCUCCAUUUCUGACUCUGAUGCAGCUAGUCUUGGUGGUACCCUAUGAACACUGGUGCCCAGCCCAAGAAAAUUCAUUAGUAUAAUUUCUCUCACAUAGGUUUGCACAUCAGUGGUGUUCCCUUCCUUUGAAGGGACUCUUGUGGUCCCGGCUCCUUUCAACUUCUCCGCCCAGGUGCCUCUAGAGAAUACUUGAGCCAUAGUUACACGAAUCCAGCACUGCCCAUAGUUUGUACCUUCACUGUAUGGCUUCUCUGGGUCCCAACUGUAUUAAUCAAAGACUGAGUUACUAUGAGCUUGUGUGGGCAGGGCUUGUCUCCUUCCUGUUUGUACAGCACCAAGCACAGGAUGGAACUCAGUAAAUGACCCCCUGGGGUGGGGGACUUCAGCCCCCAGCCAGGCCAGAAUCUGGCUGCAGUGAUAGAAGAGGGAGAGAGCAAGCAUGACCAUACAAUGAGAAGAGGAGGAAAAGGAAAAACACAGAAGCCAGAGGAUUUUCUCCAGCUAAGCAGAAAAUCACCCAGAGGGCAACGUCCACCCAGAUCCCUUAAAGCUAUGGGUGCCAAUAUACCAUCAGUAGGCGCUAGUGAGACUAUUUCACCAGCAGAUGUCUCUCCAGCUCAAUCUAAAGUGGUGGAGCUCAUCCACGUUGAGCACCAGUACAGCCUGACGGAGGGCAGAACAAAAUCCCCUCUCCCCCCAAGCCCGGUGCUAGGGAGCGAGCGGGCACAGGAUGCAGCCCAGCGGCGCCUCACCUACUAUCGGCUGGAGCUGCGGAGUGUUUUGGAGGGCCUGCGGGAGCAACACCUCCUCCUUGAGGACAAGGAGCACAUGCUGAGAGCCCAGUUUACUGCAGACUUGCAGCUUGACUUGCGCUAUGAAGGAACCCAGCGUGGGAGCUACCCGGCCACCAUGCGCAACUUCGCCGUCUCACUUCAUCUGUUCUCACCCAAGGCCUACGAGUGUGUGGCGAGGACUUUCCAGCUGCCAGAACCCACCACCUUGCACGUGUGGCUCUCAAACCCAGAUUACAGGCCAGGGUUCAGCCAGCAAGUCUUUAGUGUACUGGCAGAGAGAUCACAGGCAGGGGAUGGAGACUUCCAAUCCUGUUCUCUGCUCAUUGGUGCGAUGUCAUUGGAGAGGAGAAUCCAGUAUGACCAGCACACCAACAGCAUGCAGGGGCUAGUGGACUUUGGUGCUGGGAAUUAUGAUGCAGAUGAGGUGCCAGCGGCAGGAGAAGCCCUCAUGCUUGUGGCAGUAGGAUUCCAGGGGCAUUGGAUAGCUCCUCUUGGCUAUUUCCUCCUUGCCACACUCACUGGUGACGUGCAGUCCCAGCUCCUGCGUCACUGUAUCCUCAAACUGUACAGCAUUGGCCUGCAGGUGGUCUCUGUUACUUCAGAUGCCACAGCCCCCAAUGUGGACACAGCCAGGCGGCUGGGAGUGCUGGUGGAUGGAGUCUCUGUGAAGUCCACGUUUUUCCACCCUGCCAAUCCUGCACUGGAAGUCGCAUAUUUCUUUGACCCCUGCCACCUGCUCACGCUGGUUCACAACACGCUGCAGGCAUACGUCAGCCUCCAGGUUUGCAGCAAGGCCAUCUGCUGGGACUACAUCCUGCGCCUUGGGGUUCUGCAGGAGCAGGAGGUGCUCCAGGCUGCCCACAAGUUUAGUGGGGUCAGCGUAUCGGGGCAGCGGGUGUGGGGGAACGGUGCUGCACAGCUGUUCAGUGAGAGCACGGCCCAGGCACUGCACUUUGCAGCCAGCCUAGGCUUGUCCCAGUUCCUGGGGCAUGAAACCACUUCACACUUUAUCACCCUGCUCAGUGCAGUGUUUGAUGUGUGCAGCAGUCGGAGCGUCCACAGUAAAGGGCCCAAAGCGCCACUGUCCCUUGCCAGUUAUGACUCCCUCAAUAACCUCUGCAAUGAGUAUGAGAAUCUGCUGCGCAAGCUGCAUGAUGGCACUGGGGAGCUGCUAGGGCUGAGCAGGCAUCGCUGGGGCUUUCUGGGCUUCCUGGUAAACCUGCGCAGCUUGCAGUGGAUGGCAAAAACUUAUCUGGAGGGAGAGGACAGGACUGUGCCAUAUUUGCUCACUGGCUGGUGGAGCCUGGACCCGUUGGAAUGGUGCUGGGGAGCCAUUCGGCAGGGUUGUGAGGAGAGAGGGGCUACCACAGCACAGGCUUUCCAGUCCGCAUACAGACAUGUCCUGUGCAAGGGUCUUGCUGCGCUGGGAUGCAAUACACCCAAUUUGCUGGAUGUGUCCUUGAGCAGACGGGCCAGCCUCCAGCUUCAGGCCUCCUGGCCACUGGGAAAGGGGCAAGUCUGGCUGGAUCAUUGGUGCCCAGGUUCCAGGCAGGAUACCAGUGCCAUAGACUUAUCUCCAUCCCUCCUUUCACAGUUAGAGGAAGACACAACUACCUAUGUUUCCCGCUUUGUGGUACGGAAACUCCUGCCACUCCUCACCUGCGCUGAGUGUCGAGCUGCCCUGAUGUCCUCUUCUGGGGUUGAGCCUGCAGGCAGUGCCCUAAUGUGUGUGAAGAACAGAGGAAAGCAGUGGCUCCCUGCAGAGUCUGUUCGAAGGGUGAUCCGCAGGGCAGAGAAGAUCUUUGGCCUUUCCACGUGGUUCUUUAGAGACUCCAGGCAGCACAGAAGUUGGGGCUUGGUGCUAGAGCUGGCCAUCUUGGCAGAUGUGAGUGAGGAGCCAGGCCUUUUCCCAUCUCUUCAUGAUCAUCUCUUUGAAAGCAACAUGCUCGUUUCCAAUCACUAUGUCACUAUCCUCCAGGGCCUUGUGCGAAUCUUCUUGGAGCUGCAUUCAGGAGAGUUGUGGGCAGCACAGGGACCAGAGUUGGGACAAUCCACUUGGGUAAGUCGCUCCAAGGAAGCAAACAGUGAGCAGAGCCAGGGCAGUGCCAACAGCCAACAAAGGAACUGGCCCUGUCAAACACCUGGACUCAAGCAAUGGUUUCAUGCUCCUUGAAGAGAAGUUGACUGGACUUUGGGGAGAAAGGCCCGUCUGAGCUGCAGGAGAGGCUGGCUGGGCUCUGCACUCCUGCCUGCAGCCCUAGACCAGUUCCUGUUUGGGCUAUGAAUUCUGAGCAGCAGAGUUUCACAAGACCUUGAGAAACUUAGUGUUUUAAAUACAAUUUUUGUAUCAACCUUCAGGGGUUUCAAUUGCAGAACUGGAGGAAUAGGCCAAAAUCAAAUGAACUGCCUUAGAGGGGAGAGGACGGUUGUGAAAGCAGGUAGAGAGAUUCUUUCCUUGAAACAGAACGGAUACUCGAUUCCUAUAGCCUGUAUCUCAGCUCCAGAGCAAUAUGGCUGCCUAGCACUUCAGUGGUCCUCCUCAUCCUAGUAUUUGAGCUUCACAAUACCCCUCCCCCCAGGAGCUCAGGAAGUAAAGUGAUCUCUGUGUACAGAUAGGGCACUACAACACAGGGAAUAAGUAACUUGAUCAAGGUUGCAUACACUGUGGCAGAGCCAGAGAUGGAACCCAGAUCUCCUGAGCAUCUGUCCAGUGGCCUAACCACAGCACCACCAUCUCUCUUCAAACUCAAAACUUCCAAAUCUUUUAGUAGUGGCAAGAGAUCUGUCUGACCUUCCCUACCCCAUCCUUCCAAGUUCUCCAGAUCUACCCCCCACCCCAGUUUCUAGUAGCAGCCACAGUGUGUGAGGCACUUUCCAAAAAAGGAAGAAGGCAGGGUCCCCAGCCCAAAGGCUGGGCAGGCAUUAGGGGGUAGGAGUGUAACGUACAGCUAAAGAGGUGAAAGCAGUAAAUGGCCACAUUAAGUACAACUGUUUUAAUAACAAACUUAACUUUUUUUUUUAAAUGUUAUCCCCAACUACAUGCCAUCAUUAGCCCUUUAGUUUCUUCCAAGCAUCAGUAUAGAAGUGGGUCUUUAGGAGGGAUUUGAAUGGAGAGAAGAGUAGCCUCACAGAUCUAUGGGUGUUCCAUAGCAGGUAAACAGGGUGUUGAGAUUAGGGGCAACUGCAGAUAGGUAGGAAGGGAUAGAAUUGUCCAAGACCUAGUUUGAGUUUGCUGUGGUAUAGGAGGGGGAGCCAGAAGGAGUCAAACCAGGGGAAAUGUUAUGGACAGAGCAACAGGCAAGGAACAUUAUUUUGGUGGCAGUGUUCUGUACGGGGGCUGGCAGAGAAUCCAGCAAGGAAGGAGUUACACUCAUCAAGGUGGGAGAUGACAAGGGCUGGAAUAAGAGUUUCAAGGAGUGGGAUACAGCGAGAUCUUGGAGGAAGGAGCCGCAGAUUUUGGAUACAGCCUAGAUGUGCAGGGAGAGAUAGCUAUUGAAGAGGGCAGUUUAUAGGCCCAAGUGACAAGGAGAAUGAUGGGAUAGGAAUGUUGCUAGUGGAAAAGGGAAAGAGCGGGAGCUCGGUUCUAACCCUAUUGAGUUGAGUGCAAAACAGGCUGAAAUGCAGGCUUGGAUAGAGGGAGACAUGAAUCUGCAAACCCAGUGAGAGAUGCUGUGGGGAAAAGGGUGGCCCAGUGAGGCAAGCAGAGGUAGGGGGACAAUUGGUAGAGGCCAGCCAAAGUUGAAAGAGGAUGCAGUUGAUGGCAGUGAAAACAGCAAGGAGGUCAAGAAGGCUAACAGUCGUGAAAUUUGGCCAGGAAAAUCUCAUUAGAGACAUUGCUUAGACCAGAGACCUGUCUGUUAAAGACACAUCAUGCUAACUACCUGAUUUCCUCUCACUGUCCCCUUCCCUCCAGCAAGUGCCUGUUCAUUCUGUUCUGAAUACACUGUUUCCAUUCAUCCUCUGCUUGGUCUCUCCCGCAGAGCCUGGGUGGCCUGGUACAAAUGUGGAGGGUCUCACUGCGUGACUGUCCUCCAGCCUUCACCCUGAUGGCAGCACUGAACUAGGUUUGGGGUUGCUCCUUUGCUCACAGGCGCUAGUUACAUCUUUUGGGAGGUGUCUUUAAACCCAGCUUACAGGUUUUCCCCCUUAGUUUAUUAAGUCAGUUUAUUCUUCUGCUGUUCUCUGCCUUUCUGAUCCCAUUUUGGGUUGGUUCAUCCCUGCCCAACUCGCCACUCCCUCCAUGGAUUUUUCUAUCCAGUUACACUGAUCUUAAGCGACUGGUACAGGCCUCAGGUUUAGUUCCAGCUUUGGUAUAGUCCCUUCCAUGAAGUGCCUCUGAUCAGCCUAUCACCGUCCAUAGGUGGCAACUUCUGCUGGCGCCGGUGGGUGCUUGACUCCCGCCUCUGCCCCUGCCCCGACUCCACCCCUGCCCUGUCCCCUCCCGCCCAUGUCCUGCCCCCAUUCCAACCCCUUCCCCAAAUCCCCAUCCUGGCCUUGCCUCCUCCCCUGAGCACGCUGCAUUUCCGCUCCUCCCCCCAUCCCUCCCUCCCAGAGCUUGUUACACUGCAAAACAGCUGUUUUGUGGCAGCAAGCGCAGGGAUGAGAAGCAGGGAUGCAGCACGCUUAGGGGAGGAGGCAGAGGUGAGAUGGGGUGGGAAGCUUGGCUGCUGAUGGGUGCAGAGCACCCACUAAUUUUUCCCUGUGGGUGCUCCAGCCGCGGAGCACCUGUGGAGUCGGCGCCCAUGUCACCAUCCAGGUUACAGCCUGCUCUGGGCGUGCUGUUGCCAUUAGCAAAAAAGAACUUCACCUGCACAGCUUCUGCCCAUUAACCUGGCUACCGCGUCAUUUGAUUUCUGCUGCCCUCUGCACAUGGGCAGAGUCUAACUGUCUGAGCAACAGAGCUGAGGCAGCCCUAGUUAAUAAUGCAGCCUGACCUUCAGUCGGAGAAAGCCACCAUCCAGCACUGAGUGACUAUGGCCUUGGGCUAGGUCAGUAAAUAGCAGAAAUGCAGAGGGUGAGGGGCAGACAUGGCUUGUUGCAACAGUUCACUGGGGCACUGGUCAGGUUUCCACACUUGCACCUGUUGCAGUGCUUCAGUCCUAGUGCCAAGCAACCCUACCACACAGAAACCAGCUGCAGCAAGUGCUCCAUAGGCUGGGGCUGCUACAGACCCACAGGAAAGUGCCCAUCUGCUGCUCAUCAACUUCAACAUAUCUUCAAAAACACAAGUACACAAAGUGUGGGGAAAAGAGAUGGGGAGGUUGUAAAUUUAAACCGUCUGCAACAAGAAACAGCACCAAGCUCUCUGAAGGACCUGGGCACAAUACAUUAGCCAUAGGGUGGUUGGCGUAUGUUGAUUACCCCGUCAACCCCCAACCACAGAUGGAAACAGUUUUCCCAGCUGGUUCUGGGUUCCACAGUAACAACUCUCACCCCAGAGACUAUGUGGCUGCUGCAUGGGCCACAGUAAUAGGUGGAGCAGCUCAGAUGGUAGCCAAGUCAGCUGCUGCUUUAUUGUGGAGCUAUUGAAAGAGACAUAUGAUCACCCUCAUUCCCUCUUCAACUACUUCCUCCAAGCAGGCUCGCAGGUCCUCCUAUACCAGCCAGGCUAGCCAAGCACAGGUUUCCCCUUCCAGGAAUACAGAAGCUUUCACUGCUAACUCAAGGUAGGCUCUCCCAGAAGGGCUUGGCUAUUGUUAAUGAUUUCAUGUGGCAGGCACUUACAUACUGUGGUGCCUGGGGGCAUAGGUAAUAUAAAACACUUGAAUGGAAAAAUACAAUUUAUUUAAGAAAUAAUGUAGUUAGUACUGGGGUGGGUCUGUUGUAGUUUAAUUUUGCUGUAUUCAAAAACUCAGUGUCUGCAACUAGUUCCUGUCUAGCUUUUUGUGUUUCUUUGAGUAUCACGUGCGACCACGUGGUGUGGAUUGGGGCAGGGCCUAUGGAAACUUCACAUUCCCUGAUUGAAUCUUAACAUUAAAGCUCAUUUUCCAUUCAGUGGAGGAACGGGACAAGUUAUAACACACACAGGGCUAUAGUUUAACAUCAUCCAAGCAUUUAAAUGUGAACCUUUCAACAGGUUUCUGUAUCUGUUUCAGACAGAGUCUUAAAAUGAUUUCUGGUUUAACAGCCCCAAACCACAUUAACCAAUUAUGGCAAAGGGCAUUUGGCUCCAUUAUAGUUUUGUAUUCAUCUUGAUUUGUCAGAUCUCUGCCAACAUCAGAAGUUUGUCAGGCCGUAAUUGCAUCAGUCUGGUAAACAAGUACACACACAGCUCUUUGUACAGAGUUCUGCACUAUGGGGAAAGCACCAGCAGAUGUAUUAAGUAUGGUUUGUUUGUUUUUAAGUAAGUUCUUCACUACUUAGGCUCCCCAUUCUAUUAAUCCAUUUGUUUAUAGGAAUCUCAUACUCUGCCAUGCCAAAGUUCAGAUUUCAGUAAGGUCCAAAACCUCCCCAUUCUUAAUGUGAGGUCCCCUCGUCCAGUAAUACAGUCCUUGUCAUUUUAUAGAAUUCCCAGUGCGCAAACUUGAUUUUCUGGAUCUGGUCACACAAGCUGUGGUGUAUUUAAGUUUUGAUAUUUCUGAAAAGUUGCAAACAGUCCAUUAUGAUCAGGCUAUCAUGUUUUCUCAGGACAAACAAAACCUUUUCAGACUUUGUCCUCUGGAGGUGCAAGUUGUUCUUUCUGUAUCACAGAUUAUUUCUGCUUUGCUUCUCUGUACUUCCCACCAUCUUUCACAUACAUUCACCACUUUUUAAAAAGGAGAAUUGUGGACUGUCAUUCUAAAUUACCCUUCCUAUGUUCUUCCCAAUAUUUCCUUGUCACUAGGGGUAGGCGUAUUUGUCCUUUUCUGCAAAUGGUUAUGAAAACUCAUAUAUAAGUUAGGAAUAUAUAGGUGGGAAGACUAGAUUUCCCCAUUUAUUACAUAUAAUUUAUUGUUUGUAGGAUUUUAUCCUUGGCCUGUUUUCCCUCUAGCUCAUCUCAUGUUCAUGUGUACUAUCACUAUUUGUUCUAGGUCAUCUGGCUGUGGGUCAGUGAAGGGAGCAAUGCCCUAGCUGGAACUUCAAGAUCAUGAUAAAGGAAUGGCUGCAUCCUUGGUUACACUUCUCCAUGUCCUUUUGUAGGCCAUAAUCAGUAGUUUAUGGUUCAUUUCAGCUUGAGGAUUCAUAACUCUCUCUAGUCAAACUGUAUAGUGAUAGGCAAGGCCUAGCAUCUUUUCAGUUGGACAUUUUCUGCCAGUCAUGCUCGUAGGGAGCCGUCAGUCCUACUCUUUUUGAAACCUCUUUAGAGACUCUUCCCGUGAGUCAAAGUAUUGCUGCAGUAGUGCUAUAGUCAGUAAAUGCUACGCUUGAAUUCUGACCCACUCUGCCAUCCAAAUCUAUUCGGUUUAUCUGUGAAGCGAUUUUACUGGGAGUUGUUUGAGCUGCAUAGGUAGGUACAAGCUUACUGAUCUAAAUAAACAUGCGUUGCAGUCUCAGAAUUCUUUUAUCUUUGGGUCUCUGCAUAUUCACAAGUACUUGAAUCUUACAGGUCUGCUCACUUUCAGUAACUUAAAAUGGACACUUAAGCCUCAUUCACUUGAAGAUUGUUUCUUCUUAUGAUUUCCAGUCCCCUCUAGAGUUGUUCCCGAAGUUCAGGAGUGGAGCUGCCCCAGAUUAUGAUGGCAUCAAUGUACAUUUUCACUCCUGAGACACCUUCCUGAACCUGGCACAUUGUGCAGAUAAAUACUUCCUGGUGCCAAGUAUAGCCCAAAAGGCAACCUCAUGAGGCAGGCAAAUAUCAAAGCUUUGUGGCCAGGGCCAUCUGCCAAACCCUGCCAUUGCAUCUAAUUUGACGAAGAAUUUGCCUUCUGCCAUCACGGCAGACAUUUUACUACUUGUGUUCUUGGAACUCCUUGGGGUCAGUUCAGAGUUUUGAGUCUGCCUGCUUUUUAUCUCUACAGUUAAAGGAGUGAAUCUGGGUGUUGGUUCUCCUCUGAAUGUCUUAUUGCUCUUUUUCAAGUUUAAGGCUUUGGAACUUUUUUGUUGGCCUGUAUAACAUCUGGGUUACCAAAAGACAUCUCUCCUGGGUUCCAGUUCUCUCUCUCAUGUUUGGCCCAAGUUUGUCAGUUAUUCUGACUCUAUGGCAGGUAUCUUCUCAA